GUUCACUCAGUGAGAGUUGGGACGAUGCCAGUCGUACAGUAGUUCCAGGAACGUUCGGGGUUGGUGUUGGCGCUGGCAGUCGGCUCCAGAGUACGGAUUUAACUUUAUUUCCUUGUUUCUGGAUCCGCCUUUUUUUCCCCUCUUUCUGUCGUGUUGAAACAGAAAGAGCUGUCGAAGUUGCUGCGACUGUAUGGAAACCUCGAAGUUAAAUAGGGCGAGAUCGUCGCGAAUGGUGACAGUGUUGCAUUCACUCCAGUUUUGGUUCAAUGAUGUGUUGGAAUAAGCAAGGAGAAUAAUAUACAGUCAUUAAUAAUCACAACCAAAGAUGAAGAUUAUGGAUUUGGAUGAUCUUUGAUUUCCUCCCACAUUCUAUCACAUAGCCACAUUACUUCCUGGGAGUAAGUACUGGAAUUUGAAAUCUGUUAUAAUAGAAAGUUGCCUCAUUGAUUUUUACAAGUCAAACAGCUAAUUUUGUUUAUUGGGUAACAUUCUCACAGUAGAUCUGUUUAGUUAUAUCGGCUAUCCAAGACGGCAUCAAAAUCUCAAGAAACAAAGAGUACAAGUAUUGACUCUGCUUGACUGUCAAAUAAAAUUUUCAAGAUGACUACAGUGUACAGAAGAAGAAAACGCCAGUUUCUUCAGUUAGUUGUCACUUGUUUUUCCUGCUGCUUUAUUCUACUGUAUUGGGAGCAGCUAGAUGCAAAUAUCAUUAGUCAUUUGAGGUCUUAUUCUUACAGAUAUCUCAUCAAUAAGUACAAUUUUUUGAAUGACAGCUUGACUCUAAACAAGAAGGCGGCAGCUAAUCUUCAUAAAUACCAGUACUUGAUCACCCAUGAAAACAAAUGCAAAGAUCAGGAUGUUUUACUCCUUUUGUUUGUGAAAUCCUCUCCUGAAAACCGUCCUCGGCGGGAUGCUAUUCGUCAGACAUGGGGCAAUGAACAAUAUAUAAAUUCAGAGUUGAAGGUCUCCAUUAAAGUAAUUUUUGUUUUGGGAGUACAUAAAGAUCUCUCCCAAAGAGAGACUGUACAACAUAAGUUAUUGAUAGAAGAUCAGCAGUAUUCUGACCUUAUCCAACAAGACUUUGUUGAUGAUUUUCACAACCUUACAUUGAAACUAAUAUUCCAGUUCAAGUGGGCAAAUACUUUCUGCCAAAAUGCUAGAUUUGUCAUGUCUUGCGAUGAUGAUGUUUUCGUACACACUCCGAAUCUCGCAAACUACCUACAACAGCUGGAUAAAGAAACCAGUAAUUUCUGGAUAGGUCGAGUACACAGGGGUGCACCCCCUGUCAGAAACAAAGGAAGUAAAUACUAUGUUCCAUAUGAAAUGUAUCAGUGGCCUUCAUAUCCAGAUUAUACAGCAGGUGCUGCUUAUGUUGUGUCCCAGGAUGUUGCAGCCAAAGUCUAUGAAGCCUUAAUGACUCUAAACACCAGCCUUUAUAUUGAUGAUGUUUUUAUGGGGAUUUGUGCCAAAAAGAUGGGAGUAUCACCACAACAACAUCUAUAUUUUGCUGGUGAAGGGAAGACCCCAUAUCAUCCAUGUAUUUAUAACCAAAUGAUGACCUCCCAUGGGCAUGUAGAAGAUAUCAACCAGUUGUGGAGGGAGGCUACACAUGCAAAAGUGACUUCUCUCACCUCUGGAUUCUGGGGACAACUUUACUGUCGACUGGUCAAAGUGUUUCUUCUCUGCAAGCCUUACUAUGUAGAUACAUAUCCUUGUAUUGCUGCAUUUUCCUGAUGCACUUAUUCACAUUAAGUAAAAACAGCACUGAAUUUGUUAUGGUUGAAUGGGAUAGGGUAAGAGUAAAGAAAUUGAAAACAUAAAAUGGAAAAGUUUAAUUGAGAACAAAUUGACUUAUAACUACACUUGGAACAUUUUUUGACUGUUCAUUUAGAUUUUCAAUAAGUGCAAGUACCAUAAUCAGUUUACAAAAUAAGAAAUCAAAAAGAUCCGUGAAGUAAAUGAAGACUUUUACCAAUUUCUGCUGGUGCAAUUCUCCAGAAGCAUGUCUGCAGAGAUCCGGUUGGGGAAAAUGGUGAGCAGUGAUCAAAUGCAGACAAAUAUAGCAUCUAGCCAGCUUUGAUUACUUUGCCAUGAAGCAUUUUGCCAACUAGUCCACAAAUUCUUAAAUAUAUGUGCACAUUUUAACAUGUUUAAUUAUAAUUAAAUAUUGUUUAAUGUUUAAAAAUGCCAAAUAUAGCACUCGACUGUUACUACAUUAUGCACCUCAUAGCAAUUUUCCUAAGUCGGAAAUACUCUUGGAGAUUGGUAUGAAAUAAACACCUGUUUUCAAUUGUAGUUUUUUUUUGAAACAGAAGUUUACUGUUGAGACAAUUUUACAUGAAAUCAAACCUUCUCCCCUCCCACCAUGUUUUUCAACCAUUUUGGUUCCUUGAGAAUCAAAUAUGCUGUAAUUUUUCUUAAAGUAAAAUUUAUUUAAUCUUUCAGGUAUAUCAACAUCCAUCAAAUAUAUCUUGGGAAAGAAAUGCAAUCCAAACUAGUAUUCAGAUGAAUUGCAUGGCAUUUACAAAUCAGGGCUUUUAAGACAUUGCAAAAAAAGCAAUUCUAAAAUUCCUAAAUAUUCUGUUGCCUUUGUUGCUGUUGCUCAAAUGCAGUAAAAUGAUAGCUAAAUAUUUCUGAUAAGUCUCUGAAUCUUUUGUUUGCAAAUUUGAGCCAGUGGUUUACAUGCGAAGAUGAAAUUUAACUUUUGUCUCAACUAAAAGGAAUUACUUUUUAAGAAAAUGAGUAUUCAGUAACUCUGCUAGUUUUCUUCCAUAUAUCACUUCUAUUAUAUCACUGAUCCCUCCUCACUGAUGAGAAAAUAAACCAUUCACUUCAUCUCAAAUGCCAUCGAUCCUGUGCGGUUGAUAAUGGCAGAAGAGUUGUGGUUUGAAUUGAGCUAGUUUUUGUCUAUACUGACAAGUGUAUGUGUGUUCCAAGUAAUGCACACCCCAGGAAUGUGAACUACUAAAUUUUUGAAAUAAGUGUGGAAGUUGUUAAACAGCCACCUUGUCUAGUUUAUUGUAUUGCUUGUUUUGCAUAGCUUAGCUUGUUUUAAAAAUUUUGCCACAAUUUUUGCUUUGAUUUUGUGUAUACAAUAACAUUGCAUGUUCUACAUCAAACUAAUUUAAAAUCUGAUCUUUUGAAGUUCAAACAUAAUGUGAUAACACAAGUAACUAUGCUGAUUAAAAUUCCUGUUUCGAUUUUAUUAGAUAGUUUAUGUACAAUUCUUAAAAUAUAUUAUACAUUAGAUAUGUACUAAUACCCAUUAAUUAUCUCAUCCCUACACUAGCACCAAGCUCCUUCCGAUCAAAAUUUGAUUUCUGUAGCUCCAAUUAACAGAAUCUGUAUCCAGUUCUGAUAAAUAGUGUAUCUUCCUCUCGUAUACAGCCUUUAUCCUCCAUCCUGUUACUGUAAUUUUUGCCUUUCACUUUCAGAGUGAUGAAAUAGAGUGCAAUGAAAUGACAGCUUGGCACCAUGCAUAAACAAUAUUAAUUAGUCUAAUGAUUUUCUGCAAUUUAAAGCAUGAAAUGAUGAAUCCCUGCUUUUCCAAAACCACAAUUCAUUUGCAAGCAUUCAACACCUUCUAAGGUAUAAAUUAGCAUGUUAUUGUUCCUUUUAGUAGCUUUGUACAAGUCUUUAGAAAUUUAGGUUAAAUCAUAUUUUUUUGGAUUCUGUUUUGCUGUAGCUGUAGAUUUUACAGAAUAUUAAUAAGUACUGUAUUUAAUAAGGUAACUUAACACUUAAAAGAAUGUUAUGGUUUCCUUUUAUAAACCUUAAAUACUGGUUUGUCCCAAUGCCUGGUUUUGCAUUUGGUCAAGUGAAGUUGGGUGAGAUAAUUCAACCUGACACAACAAUCAGUCAGUUAACUGGACUGAUGACCAUAUUUAUAAACCUGGAGGACUGAUGUGCCAUUUGCUAGCUUGACAAAGUUUGCUUCAUUGGAACAUUUAUUUUAGCUCCAGGAAACCAGUUCCUUGCAUUUGUGCUACUGAACUUGGCUUCUUAUCACAGCAUCAGCUUUAUGUAUACCCCAAAUAUUAACUGGUUUGCAAAUAUACUCUUUAAGGGGAAAAAAAAGUUAGAGUUGAUCCUCUUGAAUCAAAAGAGAACCUGUAGCUUAAGGCAUGUUAAGGCAUGUGAGCUUUAAACAAUCCCUACAGGUUAUUAUUUAUACAGUAAAAUCUUAAUUAGGACAAACUACCCACUGGCAUUGGGAUUCUGAGCAAUUGAUAAUUAUGAUUCCAUGAACUGCAGUGAAAAAAUCUGGAGAAGAGAAGGUGUACUAAGGGAUUCCCCCACCACCACCCACUCAAAUAUCCAACAUUCAUAUUUUGUAUGUACAUAAUUAAAAGCACUGUAGAUUAGUUUUAAAGCUAGUCAUAGUUGAAUUGAGAAUUUAUGCUUUGUACUUGCAUAAAAAGUUUAUUUAAAAUUAUUUGGAUGUGGUUUCUUAAAGCUUGGAUGUGAAUGUAGAGCAGAAAUUUCAUCUUUGGCUAAAAAUGAUUCAAAAAUAAACCUGUAGUUACUAAAGACAAUAAUCAUUAAUUUUCUUGAUUUUAAAAAAACGAAAACUCGCUUGACCAACUACAAUUGAUUUUUUUUUUGAGGAAAUUGAGAAUGCUUGUUUAAAUGAAUGUGGACAGACUUCACCCAGUCAUUGUACAGUAAUUCAAUCCUUCAAACUUGCCAUUAAUUGUAUAUGAAUUGGCAUUUUCACUUGGGACAUGAAGUUAAGGUAGGAUAUAGGAAAACACGUUUGUCUGUAAUGGAUGAACUUUUUGAGUUGGGCAGUUUUGAGGAAAUGUUGCAGUGUUGUUUCAUGUCUCUUCAAAUACCAAUGGUUGCCAGAACAAUUUUGUUCUUCAGAAUUGCUCAUUUAUUCAUCUAGUGGAUGUUACAUUAGUAAGUCUACAUUAUUUUCCCAGAUUAUAAUUUUCUAGCUCUCAGUUACCAAGUGCCACAAUCAUUUCCACAUGCUCAGCAUAACACUUCGAAUAGAUUGUAAAUGCAACACGAAAGAAAAAUCACAAGUUCUGUUAGGAUGGUAUCCUGUUUCUUCUCCCCCCCCCAACCCCAUACAUUAAGUAAUAGGAUUUAUUCUGAAUUUUUAAUAUGAAUACAUUUGAGGUGCAAUUAAAGUAACAAUUUUAGCAUUUUCUAAAAUACCACCGUAAAUGUUUUUUAAAAAUUAAACUAUUGAAAACUUGGAUGUCCUAAAAGACUUGAAUAUCAUACUCUGCAGUGUACAUUUUUAAUAUAUCUUGCUGUUAAAGGAAUAGGGUUUUCUGUACCUUAAACUAUUUAGCUAGAAAGGGCUAGAGGUUGCACUGUUAGUAGAAUUGGUUACACUUCUUAAUUUUGUACUUACAACCUAUCUUGCACAAACUGUUUCACCAUUCAGGUUAAAAUAGCAAAUUUUGAGUUUUUAAGCCAAAACAGUUUUUGUAGUCACUUAAAUUUUCUGAAAUGCAGUGGCAUAUUUAAAGGUUUGUAUAGCUAUGUUUGGAAAUGUGUACUUUACCUCAUUGAAUUUUUACUCAAUUAUAAGCCUUGUAUUUAUGAAAGGGUUUGAUGUUUUGUUAAGAAGUCCUUUUUGGAAGCCUCAUGCUAGUUUUGCACCUGUUUAAAUUUUCUAGUUCAGCUAGAAAAUAUAUUUUUGUAUUUUGACUUUUUUCAAAUGUUAUGAACUGGACAUAAAUAAAAGUUAUAUAAAAUAUCAAAUUUUGUUCUAAUUA